AACACUUCAUUUCUCCUUACAAAUAGUUGAAAUAUAAAUUUUUUUAACAUAUUGUAGUAAAAUACAAUAUGUUUAUCAAAAUUGUUUUGCUGUUAUUCACCACAUCGCAGGUAUUUUGCGAUGAUGAUCUCCUGGUUACCAUACCAAACGGAAAACUUCGGGGAAUUUCCCUGACUGCUCCAAUUACCGGUAAUCUUACAUAUUACGCAUAUUUACGCAUUCCGUUUGCAGCACCACCAGUAGGUAAUUUACGAUUUCAGCCACCGCAACCACCUGCAAACUGGGAAGGGAUUUUAGAAGCUAACAAUGUUUCCGUAUCCUGUUACCAAGUACAAGCAACAGACAAAUACGAAUCAGAAGAUUGUCUCUAUUUACAUGUUUAUUCGCCUGUUAAACCUACAGAUACAAGAAAAUUGCCAGUUGUUGUUGAAAUUUAUGGAGGAACGUUUCUAAAAGGUCAUGCUUCCUACAGUAAUAAAGCAGGUGCUUUCCUCAUGAGUUAUGGCGUGGUACUUGUAACUUUCAAUUACCGAGUUGGACCAUUUGGAUUUUUGUCUACUGGAGAUACGGUUAUUCCUGGAAACAUGGGUUUGAAAGAUCAACAGGCAGCUCUUAGAUGGAUCCAACAGAAUAUUGAAUACUUUGGUGGAGAUCCACAAAAGGUAACGAUUAUGGGUCAAAGUGCUGGAUCAGCUUCUGUUACUUAUCAACUACUCAGUCCCGGCUCUGCAGGACUUUUCAGAGCUGCGAUUGGUAACAGUGGUUCAGCUUUAUGCAAUUGGGCAAACAAAAUGAAUGCUGUGGAUACAGCUUAUGGAAUAGCUGCUGAAAUCGAUCCAAGCUUUGAUAGAUCAAGAUCGACUCAAGAAUUAGCAGAUUUUCUAUUAUCAGUUGAUGCAUCUGCAAUAGUCAGCACACAGUAUCAUUUUUAUGUCUUUCCUCCUGUGUUGGAAGUACCUCAUGAUGGUGCUUUUAUUACCGAAUCAAUGUACACUUUAGUAGAAACCGGAGCAUUCAACAAAGUUCCAGUUUUGAUGGGCUUCAAUUCAGAAGAAUAUAUAUCAAAGGGUAAAGAUAUGAAUCUGCUGGCCAAAUAUGCUCAGCAAUUUGAUAAUAAUCCUCGCUUAUUAGUAGAUGGAGAUAUGUCUAUAACUGACGAUGCCGUUAAAUUGGAAGUGGGACAAAAAAUAAGACAAAUUUAUGCAGGUGAUGGGCUACUGGUAGAUAACCUUGGAAAACUAAUACAGUAUUACAGUGACAAUACAUUCAUUAGAGCAAUAAUCAAAUUUGCGGACCUAGUUUCCCAUCACGUUAACGUAUACCUCUAUGAAUUUACAUAUCACGGAGAAAUAGGGGGACAGAGCAUUUAUGUACCUGGUAUUGGAAGAGUAGGACAUGGAGAAGAACAGAAAUACUUUUGGGCUAAUUUCGAUAGCUAUGACCAAUAUCCUGAGUCUGAUAGAUUAGUUCAACAGAGAUAUAUCAGAUUAUUGGUUAAUUUUAUCACCUAUUUGAAUCCCACUCCUGCAAAUGAUGAACUUUUCGGAAAUGUUAUAUGGUCCAAUGCACAGAGCCCAUACUUUAGUUACAUGGAUAUUGGCGAAAAUUUGGUUUUGAGGCAAAAUCCUAGAAACUUUUCUUACGUUCCCUGGGUAGAAUUAUACGAGCAAUAUGCUAAAAAACCGUUUAUAUUCUGCGACGAUGAUCUUAUAUUAACCCUACCGAACGGAAAAAUUCGAGGAAUUUCAGUUACUCCCCCGGUUACUGGCAACCUUACAUAUGCCUAUUUGGGAAUUCCUUUUGCAGCACCACCAGUAGGUAAUCUGAGAUUUCAGCCACCACAACCACCUGCAAAUUGGGAUGGUAUUUUAGAAGCUAACAAUAAUUCCGUGUCUUGCUAUCAAGUGGACAUGGAAGAUAACUAUCAAACAGAAGAUUGUCUUUAUUUGAGUGUCUACACGCCAUUAAAACCUUCGGAUUCAAGGAAAUUACCAGUUGUGGUUUCUAUUUAUGGAGGAACAUUUAUUCACGGCCAUGCUUCUUAUGGUGGCAAAGUAGCUGCUUUUCUCAUAAGUCAUGAUUUGAUUCUUGUUUCAUUCAAUUACCGUGUUGGACCUUUUGGAUUUUUAUCUACUGGCGAUACAGUAAUACCUGGAAAUAUGGGGUUGAAAGACCAACAAUUAGCUUUGAAAUGGGUGAAUCAAAAUAUUGAAUUCUUCGGUGGAGAUCCACAUCAGGUAACCAUCUUGGGUCAGAGUGCUGGAUCAGCGUCAGUUACCUAUCAACUUCUCAGUCCAGGAUCUGCAGGACUUUUUAGGGCCGCAGUAGGAAUGAGCGGAUCCGUUUUGUGCGAUUGGGCACAACAAAGAAACGCUGUGGAAACAGCUUAUGGUAUAGCUGCUGAAAUUGAUCCUAGUUUCGAGAGAACCAGAUCAACACAAGAUUUAUCAGACUUCUUAUUGAAAGUUGAUGCAUUUUCGAUAGUAAAAACCAAUGAUACGUAUAAAGUAUUUUCACCGGUCGUAGAAGUACCUCAUGAAGGAGCUUUCAUUUCCGAUGUUAUGUACACUUCGGUCCAGAAUGGUUCAUUCACAAAAGUUCCAGUUUUAAUGGGUUUCAACUCAGAAGAAGGCUUAGGAAUGGCAAAAGAUAUGGAUUCUUGGAGGAAACAGGUUGAAAAAUACGAUGAAAAUCCGCGUUUAUUAGUUGAUGACGAUAUGUAUAUUACUGAUGACGAUGUGAAAUUAGAAGUAGGUAAGAAAAUAAGAAGUAUAUAUAUGGGAGAUCAGCCAUUUGGUGAUAACGUCGGAAAAGCCGUACAGUAUUAUAGUGACAACAGGUUCAUUAGACCAAUCUUGAAAUUUGCCGAGUUACUCUCACAACACGUUGAUUUAUACUUUUACGAAUUCUCUUAUCAUGGUGAAUUAGGACAAAACAAUGUUUCCAUACCCGGUAUUGGCAGAGUAAUACAUGCUGAAGAUCAGUGGUAUUUUUGGCCCUAUUAUGAUAGCUAUGAUCAAUUUUCAAAAUCAGAUGUCAAAACAUUAAAAAGAUACGUGAAAUUAGUAGCUAACUUCGUAAAAUUUCUGAAUCCCACACCUGAAAAAGAAGAGUUAUUCGAUAAUAUCACGUGGCCAAUCGCCACAAGCGACCAUCUCACCUAUUUGAACAUCGACGAUAAUUUGAGCUUAGGUCAAAAUCCACGAAACUUUUCAUACCGACCAUGGGUAGAUAUUUUCGAGGAAUAUGUUCCGAAGCCAUUUAUAUCUUUUUAAAUGCUGAAUAAAUGAAAUAUGUCAUUCA